AUGCCACCGCGCCGUCAUCACGCCGCUGCCACGGUUCUGAAGAGCUGCUACGCGAGGAGCCCUGGUCCGUUCACGAGCCUCUGUCAUGCACGAGCAGAGGAGAGAGAUCGGGCAGAGAGAGAGAGAGACGCGAGGAGGAAGAAGGGAUUCACGCUGCCAACUAUGCCGCCACCGCCGCGGGAGGGUCGCCAUCGUCGUCCUCGCCGUCGACGAAGCUUCAGCCACCGUCACGCCUGGCUGUCGCCAGGGUUGCCACCGCCGCGUCUCACCACUAAAGACUACGCUGUUGCCGAACCGGGCCAGAUUCACCGAUUAAUGCUACUGCCGCCACUGGCUUGCCAUUUCUGCUCGGCUGUGCCCUUAUUCGCCGUUCUAAUUGUUGAAAGGAAAUGUUGUCGAAGCUAUAGUUUCUCUGUUCCCCAUUCUUUUGUUUCUUUUCUGCUAAAGCUGCUGUGUUUGCGGUUAUUACUUUUUCUUGCCGAUCUUCUUCGCUAGCAGAGGGUGCUUGGAAUACAAAUCAUAACGUAGCUGCUGCAGAAUAAGGUGAAAAGAGGGUUUAUCGCGUUAAAAUCGCUGCGGGUUUGAUUCUUUGAGGUAGGGUUUUUCUUAAAAUCUAAUUUAUAUUACAGAGUUGUGAUAAAUAGAUAUUAAUGUGAGAGAACAUAUGCCUGUGAUUAUAAUUGUCUUCUAAAUGUGGUUGUUUGCUGGACUGAAUGACUGAUUGCUUGAUUGCUUGAGUAGCUUGUGAUUGCUGAAAAGAAAUUAGUUUGAAAGGUUAUUUAAUUGAUUAUUAUGAAAAAUGAUUUUUCUUGGUUUUGAAGCUAUUUUUGAUGAUGUAAAGGAAUUGGCUUUGGAAAUGGUUUAAUUUUGAGUUAGUGACUUUAUAAAUGACUU